AUGAACCUAUUCAUGACUAUCACCGUCACCUCUAUCGUCAUCUUUAUGGCAUUGGAUCAAACACCGAUCACCAUUGAAGCAAGACACUUGAGGAAAGCAGAUGGUCAAGAUCAUUUCAAAGCUGGAUCUACAAAUGAUUUUGCGCCUACUUCUCCAGGAAACAGUCCUGGUAUGGGAAAUAAAAAAGGUAAUGUGAAUGUUCAAGGGUUUCAAGAUGACUUCAAGCCCACGGAAGGAAGAAGGUUACAGAAAACAAACGGUCAAGAACACUUCAAAACCGGAACUACAGACGAUUUCGCACCUACUUCUCCAGGUAACAGUCCCGGUAUCGGGCAUAAGAACGGAGUUGCAAAUGCUGAAGGGUUUAAAGAUGACUUCAAGCACACGGAAGGAAGAAUGCCGCAGAAAAUGAACGGUCAAAAUCAUUUCAAAACUACCGGUUCUACGGACGAUUUCGCACCUACUUCUCCCGGAAACAGUCCUGGGAUAGGGCACAAGAAAGGGAACGCGAAUGUUAAAGGCCUUAAGAAUGAUUUCGAGCCCACAGAAGAAAGACGAUUACAAAAAACAAACGAACAAGAUCAUUUCAUAACCGCGGGUUCUACAGACGAUUUCGCGCCUACUUCUCCAGGGAACAGUCCCGGGAUGGGGCAUAAGAAAGGAGAUGACUUCAAGCCCACGACACCAGGACAUAGCCCUGGUAUUGGUCAUGCCAUCAAGAACGAUGAGCCUAAAGCUUAA